AUGGUGCUAGGAAAGGAAAAUGGCCUCGGGCACGCGGUGGUUGUGGGCAGAUCAUCAGGAGGUGAUUAUGGCUUGCUUGAACAAGAAAUCGAGGAUCUGGAGAAGCAGGAGACUCAACUGUCUGCCAAAGAAGUGCGUGUCCUACAGAGGCUGAAGUCUGUGGAGCGAACGACAGAAGAUAUUAUAAAGGCUGUGAAAGCUGAAGCACGAGAUGAACCAGUAAAGGAUAUUUAUGCCGGCAUCCCUGAUUUACCGCCAUCAUAUAAACCCUCAUUUGUGAGAAGAUUGCAGAGUGCGCAAACUGCGAAUGGGGAAGAGGCAAGGAAAGCUUUAUUUGCCAUGGAAAUCAAGGUCGAGAAAGAUUUGAAGACUGGUAAAAACACGGUAAUAUCCUCGAUCCCAGUGCCAUCAAAUGAAAUUAAAGACGAAGGUGUUAAAGUCUAUGAUGAUGGCAGAAAGUCUGUACAUGCAUUAAGUUCUCAAGGAAAGAUGGUAAAAAAUGGAAUAGACAGUCUUGCCCCCGUAGAAGUGGAGGACCUUCUGAGGAAAGCUACAGAAAAAAGUACACAGUCUCCCACAGAGUAUCACGAGCCCGUAUUUUCGAAUCCAUUUCACACUGCUGCAACCCAAAAAGGCCAAGUCUCCCCCAGUUUGAAUGGCCAUAGCUCACCAGUGAUCAUGGAACAUCAAAAUGGUCAUAAUUCAACAGUUACAGAAGAAAUAACCAUAACUAAACCAUCCAUUCCAGAAGAUCUGAUCUCUUCACAGCCAAGAGUCGUCGUGCAGAAUGGACAAGCAGCUAACGUGGAAUUCCAGACUAAGGAGGCCCAGUAUGAAGCAACCUUUAGUAACUCUGGAGAUGACGUCGUAGAGUAUCCACCUACUAAACUGGAGGAUGACAUACAUUACAACAUUGUCCACGCUACACCUUGUUAUGUAGAUGACAAGGAACCAGUCACUAUGAUUUUCAUGGGAUACAAACACGCUGAUGAAGAAUACGACAGCAAGAAGCUCACCGACUAUGAAGGGGUCAUCCGGGCAGAGUUGGUUGUUAUUGAUGACGAUGAGGAAAAUAAGAAGGAAGAAGAAAAAAUGGAAAAAGAAUUAAUCAAUGUUCCCGAAACUCAACCACUUCAUCUUUCAAAUUCUUCCAUCGCAACCAAUACGAUACAAAAAGUACCAACACACAACAUCGCAUUGCACAGUCCUCAGCCAUACAAGAACUCAAUAUCCUUGCGAGAACAAGAAGCAACCCUGGGGCCCCAUAACUAUCUCCCUGUCUCCAAACAGAGCAUAGAUGACGGUACUGAGGACCCGUCUCUAACAGCAUUGAGAAUUAGAAUGGCCAAGCUGGGGAAAAAAGUGAUAUAAGAUUCACGCUCACCACAUAUGGCGUUUUCUUUCUUUUUUUUUAUUUUUAUCUAUGGAUGAAGAACUCCAGAAGACUUGUGUAUACAUUUUUAAAGGACGAUUUUUAUGGCAGGCGACCAACAGCACGCUCCAGCAAUGCAAUCUGGGACUACACAUUCAACAGUAGCUGGAGAGCCACCAGUGCCUGCCUCCUGCCGUAUUGCUUUUGUAACUGACGCUAUGCAAGUUUAUGUCUUUUGAUAUAGAAAAUUUAGCAAUGUGCGGUUGAGUUUAUUUUUUUUUGUUUUUUUAUUGCAUUUUUUCAGUAGUUAUGUCAUUGUGGGCAGCUUCAGACGAAAUCUGACUUGGCUUCCCGUGUAUCUACAGGCUUGAGUUUUAUGUUAAUAGAUAAUUACGGUAUACUAAUCAUUGAGUUAGUUGCGUAAUUGGUGAGACGCCUCGCUCGUUGCUGGAGGAGAGGUUUAAUUCCUCCGUACUUGUGGUUGAUUGUGUCAGAUAUAAAAUGUUUUCUCUGUACUGCAAGGUUACGUAAUGCUGAUCGAGGGCUUCUUUACAUUUGUCCCUUCCAGUUCUGCUUUACAAUAGGAAAAAAUUGAGCAGACAGGGGUAGUAAAAUAUUUUUGUAUCCCACAGCCCGAUGUGGCAGACGAUUGUCGGGAGGGAAGCGUUCCUUCCCGCCAAUCGCCUACUCGCUGGUGGAGGAGACCGCUGCUAUUACAUGCAACGAUCUCCUCCGCAGCAUGGGGAGGAGCGAUCACUAUGCUGUCGCUCGUCGCCAUGCUGUAUAGUGGUUUGCCGGCGGCAGAUCAUGAUUAGACAGCUCGAUCUAGCGCCGACAAAUGCUUAUUUUUAAGCAAGCUUAAAAAUCAGAAUUGCGCGAUGAACGAGCAUCAGGCAGUCGUCGGCAGUAUUACACUGCAAGAUGAUCGCUAACGAGUGUUAGUAUGAAAAGUGCGUACCGCUAUACGGUCACACUGGUCGCGGCCAGGAUCGCAGGGGCAUUCCAGUGUAGCGUUUAACCCCAAAAAAUGAAUGGGAUGGCAGCAGGAGUCUCGUGUGCCGACACCUGAAUCGCAAAGAAUCCAGCAGAGUUUGAUUUUUUUUUUAAAAUGUAUUUUGCAAUUCAUAGGUUGCAGUCGAGGCACACGUGUGACUCCUUUCAUUUCUAUGAGAUUACCGCUACACUGCGAUGCUCCUGCGAUCCUGACUGGGACCAAUGCCACGGUGUAGCCAAUCCGUAAACCUGCUAGACUCUCCAUGUAAAGAAUAUUGAAAAUGCAAAUGUCAGGGAGCCUGAAGAUGAAUUUUCAUUCCGCUAAUACACGAAGGGUGCCCGUAUCCAUUAGACUAAUACCUUCUGGUGACAUCUGUUUUGGUGGGACCGGCUAACCAGCUCAUGGUCCGAUUUUGUGUCUGCUGUAAUACAGUUGUGCAAGUCGCCCAUAGGCUCCUGGUGUAACAAACAACAUAGAUGAAUAAUAAUACCACCUCAAGGUAUGCCAAAAAGGCAUGUGUUGGGUCAUUGGAGCCAAUAGAUGGGUUUUCAAGAGGACCUGUCCCCUCUCCUGACAUGUCUGUUUUGGUAACGACUUGCAUUCCCCAUGUAAUAACUAUUUUGGAGCAUCUAUUCCUAUGGCUCUAAGCUGUGCCAUUGCUUUAUUAAUCCCACUAGCAGUUAUAAGUGCAUUGCCAGCAGUGUGCCAUAAAUGUCCAGAUGGGGUGUGUCACUGAGCAGUCUGACACUGGCAGAAAUGAUUGCAUAAUGUCUGACGGUGCAGGGACACACUCCCAACUAGUAACACCCAGCUGGACCUUCAUUGUAAGAAAAUACGAAUUCAUAAAUGAGUGAUGGUGGCUCUACCAACCUUAACCCAUGGUAUACAUUCUAAGGCCUCUUUCACACGACCGUUUUUUUUUUCCGUUUUGCGGGCCGUUUUUUGCGGUCCGUAUACGGAACCAUUCAUUUCAAUGGUUCCGCAAAAAAACCGGAAUGUACUC